AUGGCCGCCUUCUCCUCUUUCCCCGCUCCGUCGGCGUUCUCCUUUGGAUCUUCUCCCCUGCAAGGACCCAAACUCCACAUGAAGCGGAGAUCAACGUUGCUUGUUGCUGCCUGUGACAAGGACGCCAAUGACCACCACUUCAGCGGUCGGCUCGUCGACGAGAACAUGGCCGUGCUCCGUGAGAGGAUUCACGAGAUGAAGGUGGGCGUGAAGAAGUACGAGGCGCCGUCGGAGUGGAUGGGGUGGGAGAAGCAAUACCACGAGAGAUACCGAUUAGAUGUUUGUGAACUCAUGGGGAUGGUGCAGAGGUGGUUGCUGAGCUCUCGGCCCUGUGUGGGCUUGGCGUGCGUGGCGGUGGUCGCGUUGAGCUUGCCAACGACGGUGCUCGUGACCGUAUUCUAUCGAGUGAUGUCCGUCGUUGCCGGAGGUGGUGGCGGCGGCGGUGGUUCGUGA